AUGGACCCGCAUACAAGAGGACGAUCGCCGUCGGCAGGCCAGCAGAAUAGCCAGCAUAUAAGAUCUUCACCUUCGCCACACAACUUCACUACUCAAGUCUCUUCCUCCACCUUCGAGAAGGACCCGUCCAGCCAGAUCUAUACGUCACAGCCCUAUCCAACCGACAACCUGUCGCCCUCGGCAGGUGGGACCCUCGACUACAAUCUGCAGUCUUCCUAUUUAGAUGCUGGUGCGCAAGCACAACCGUUCCAGCAGUUUGGUGACUCCAGCUUUGAUCAACCCUUUCAACAGAAUGGUAUAAUAUCGAACGGCCAACAAGCACAACCAACAGCGCAGCAGCCAGAUCAACAAUAUCAAGCCGAUAUGCUGAGCGUCGAGACUGGUUUCGGGGCCUUUCCCCAUCACCAAGGGUUUUCCAAGCAGCAAGAUUUCAUACUCGACCCUCAGCUUCAAGCUGCUGGGCAGCGUCAUGACCAAUCCAUCAAUCCUGCCGAUCUCAUGAGCAACAUACCCUCCCCACAGCAUCUGACAAAUACGCCUCCAAAUGUCUUGAACAUGAAUAAUCAGCAUUCAGAACCCACAUCACCGUUCAGUCAGUCAGCUCCGCAACGGCCUUCACCACACCACUCCAGACACUCUUCGCUCGAUCCCUCCGCCGCCGUAUUUCCCAAUGGUCAACAGCAGCAAGAUUGGACUGGCAUGAUGCAAGGUCCACAGUUCCAGACCCAUCGACGUGCUCCUUCCGAGUACUCAGAUGUCUCCUCCUCUGCAGCUCCGUCGCCUUUCCUGGGUCAGUCGGAUAAUUUUGACCCUGCCGACCAGAAUCCUUCCCCGUUGUUGAACCCGCAGCAAGAUCAGCCGCUAUACACCGAGGGUCUCGGGAUAGAGAAUUUCAAUAUCUCCGACCCACAGACAAUGCCGAGUCCCAGACACAGUCCUUACGUUUCGCCUCUCAUGUCACCUCAAACCGGCAUGAUGAUAGGUGAUCCAUCAAGCAUGCAAUUACCAGCCUCGCGACAGUCCUAUAAUGGCGGAUUAAUGCAGGAAGUAUACGCAAAGCAAGAACAGUUUCCUUCUUUGCCACCAGAGCAGAGGCUGCCGUCAAAUUAUCAUGGCCAAGCUGAUCAAUACGACGUGCCGCAAAUCAACGUUGAGUCUGCUCCCAAUACACAGCAAAUGUCAAUGGCGAAUGCUACAUCGCCAAGUGAUAUGGAUGCGUUAAGCCCGCCCGAGCGUGCGGGACGAAAUCGUGGUCGUAAUAGGUCACUUUCCGAUACUCAUGUUGCCCGCUCUCCCUCUCCAAGCUCCAUUCAUUCGGCCCUUGGCUCCACUGACGGUUCAAUGGACCGCCGCGCUCUCUCCCCGCAAUUUUCCCCUGGCAACUCCCGCUCGCCAUCCCCAGAUCCCAGAGGCCGUCGUUCAUCCACUUCAUCCAUUCCAAACAACAACCGUGACUACAUUCUCGAGCUUGCAGGUGAUCGUCCUGCAGCAGCAGGGCGCCCAGAGCGGGUUCAAAAACAUCCAGCAACUUUCUCGUGCCACCUGUGCCCUAAGAAGUUCACCCGCGCCUAUAACCUCCGCUCACAUCUCCGAACGCACACGGAUGAACGGCCAUUUGUGUGCACAGUCUGUUCGAAAGCGUUUGCUCGGCAGCAUGAUCGCAAGAGGCACGAAGGACUUCACAGUGGAGAGAAGAAAUUUGUUUGCCGUGGAGAAUUAGGCACAGGAGCGACAUGGGGCUGCGGUCGACGAUUUGCCCGUGCUGAUGCGCUUGGGCGGCAUUUCCGUAGCGAAGCUGGCCGCGUGUGCAUCAAGCCGUUGUUGGAUGAAGAAGCAUUGGAAAGGCAGAAGAUGGACGAGCACCUGAUGCAGAGCAUGAGUGGUGGCAUGGCCCCGCAAGCUCCCAUGAACGGCAUGCCGAUGCAACAACCAUUUGCCUUUCCUGCGGCUCUGCUGCAACAAUUCCCUGCGCUACAAGGGCUGCAGUGGGAUCAGCUGCAAAACGGACCUGACGAUGACGCAGGGGAUAUGAGUGGGAGAAGUAGCUUUGACGCUAGCAGCGGAGGCGACUUUUACGACGACGAGGACGGUGGCAGUGGCUAUGUCAGCGACAAUCCAAUGACUUACGGGCAGGGAGGAGGUUGGGACCAUGGCUGGAAGAGCGAUAUUGAACCCAGAAUGGCCGAAAUCCGACGCAAGCUCGUCAUCGUCGGUGACGGUGCCUGCGGAAAGACAUGUCUGUUGAUUGUUUUCUCCAAAGGCACCUUCCCAGAGGUCUAUGUCCCCACCGUCUUUGAGAACUAUGUGGCCGAUGUUGAGGUGGAUGGAAAACAUGUUGAAUUAGCACUCUGGGAUACGGCCGGUCAAGAAGAUUAUGAUCGUCUCCGACCUCUAUCAUAUCCAGACUCGCACGUCAUCUUGAUUUGCUUUGCUGUCGACUCGCCAGAUUCACUUGACAAUGUACAAGAGAAGUGGAUCUCGGAAGUCCUUCAUUUCUGCCAGGGACUACCCAUCAUCCUAGUUGGAUGUAAGAAAGAUCUCCGUUACGACCAGAAGACUAUCGAAGAGCUACAUAAGACAUCACAGAAGCCGGUGACACCGGAGCAGGGUGAAGAAGUGAAGAAGAAGAUUGGUGCCCGACACUAUCUCGAAUGCUCAGCCAAGACCAACGAAGGUGUUCGAGAAGUCUUCGAACACGCCACCCGCUCCGCUCUUCUCUCCAAAAAGGGCCACCACGGCGAUCGCAAGAGCAAAAAGUGCCGCAUCUUAUAA